AUGGCGGUCUUCGUGGAUCUUGAAGAUGAUGACGUUGAGCCGCUUGAGCAGGGCCACAGCCUGAACAAGCCUGUGUGGAACGGCACUGCGCCGCCAGACUGCUCGGUCGUCCACGGGCACGAGAAGCAGGAUGGCGCUUCUCCGGGCCCGGACGAUCACGAGGAGGCGACUCACGAGCCCGCUGUCGCAGAGGCACACCUGAUGACAGUGGCUUUGGGAUGCUAUCCUAUUGUCAUGGCGGUGGCUGCGCAGCUUGACCUCAACGAUCUCGACAGCCUGUCGCGCACUUGUCGAGGCGUCCACGACUCCCUCCUGCAGUACCGCUCCAUUCUCCUCAAAUCCACCGUUCACUGCAUCAACGAGGAACUGCCUGUCGACCCCGAAUCUACGCUGCGAUACCGCGCCAGGGCCGGCAACUGGUACUAUAUGGAAGAUACGUCCAGGGGCAAUUACAACGGCAAGGCGGGAAGCUGUGCUCGGGACAUGGUUUCCAAGUGUCGCAAGUGCAGCACGGUCGUGUGUAGGAAUUGUGCAAUCAAACCACCAGCGCCUGCCGUUAUGCGGGAUAGACAUCGCCGGCUCUGUCUCUCCUGCCAGAAGGCACCCAUCGGCCGCCUUGUGAAGCCACGGCUGGCCUCUGAUGUACAAACCGCCUCGGACUUGGUGCAACGCGCGAUAUGUACAUGUGAGACAGCUGGAGUAUGGCUUUGCCAGCCCUGCGGUCGUGGAAUUAGGGGCGCAGACUCCGAAUACCGCGGGAUCUGGAAAUGGCGGUCCCAGUAUGGGGAAGUCUUAGGCGGACUGGGCACCGGUAUCGGGGACGCCGAUCGCGGUGUGGAGUGCUGGAGGAAAAACGAGUGUUGCAACAGCAAGUAUAUUGAGCAUGAAAUUGACUGCGAUGCCGCAGAUGCACGCGAAGCAGAGGAUCUCCUCGCCCAGGGUCACUCUGCCGGGUCGUCACCAACAACUCUGAGUCUAUACAGUGGAGCGCACUCGUGGAGCAGCAGUCAUAGCAAUCUGAGCCUCCAUAGCAACGCCUCAACGCCCGGUCUUCUGGACCCUGGCUCAGCGUCGGCGACAACGCGGACGCCGUCGCCGGCCUUGGGACCCGGAUAUGCUAGGCACGAGGUGGAGGGCAUUGGGAAUAAGAUCAAGUCGGUCAAGAUCACGAUGGUAAGAGUCGGUGCAGGUGUGCCUGAGUGGGAGGACGAGAAGGUGUCGGGUCAAAGUCUGCGCCGUGAGAUCAACAAGCAGACCCGGAGUUGGUGUGGUUGGUGUUCAAGGGUGGUUCCGGGCCAGAAGGACUACGAAGCGGACAAGAAGCUCCAGGUCUCCAAGGGCGAGACAGCCUCUGCGUAA